CUGCUCGUAGUACUCGUAGUAGACGCUGCUUGUCUGCUCUCAUGGCAAAAAGCUAAGAACUUCACUCCAUUAUUACUGUUAGUGGUUUAACCAGAGAGUCACAUUCACUGCUCCAUUAUUGGUGCUAGUUGACCACCACCACUCUCUCAAGGCUCAACAAUGCAAAUAAAGAGACAAAACGCUAUGGAGGAAAGUGGGUUUCAUUACAAAUUAGAUUAGAUUUGCUCUUUUCAAGGUGACAUUAUCUCCUACUCACACGUGGUGAUUAGCCCAUAAUACUGUUUUAUAAGGAUCUUAGUUAUCAAAGAUUCCAAGAAUAGUUUUUGGGUUUUUGUUGUUUUUGUUGUUUUUGUUUCAUUUUUCUGUUUGGCUCAGAUUCGUUCUUGAAAAUCUUCACAAACUUGCUUCAGCUAUCAACACUUUGUAUUACUGGUUUUCUUGCUUGUGGGUGCUAUUGCAUAACAGGCUGAAGAAUCCUUUUGGACACGAUUCUCUCCACAAGCUUUAUAGGCCUAGAGCUAUUCUGUGAAAAAGCAUAAUCAAAAUUUUUGGCUGAAUCUGUUUUCAGAAUGGUUCAGAAACUAAAAGCUAUCAAGGGUGGUGGAGGAUCCAUCAGGGUCGGCACCACUGGAACAAUCAGUGCCUUGAUGACAAGGGAACUGGAAUCUACUAAAUCAGCACCACAUGCAUCAGUCUCUCAUCAAGACAAGCCAAAGAGCGUUCCAGUCUCAGUUCCCUGUAGUGCAACUACUCCUAAAAGACUACAAGCAAGAAAAUCAUUAGAUGAGGCAAGCAGCAGCAGCGCUAUUCAUAGAAGCCCUGAAACAAACCGGAAAAUGAAAAGCUACACGAAAAGUUCCCAUCGAGUCCCAAUGCUCCGUGCUGAGAAUGUCACACUAGAUAGAACUCCUAGCAGGGAGAAAACCAAUAAGAAAGGAGCUAACAUUGUUGAAGUUGUGGAUAUAAAAUGUGGUCACCCGGAUAAAGCAUGGUCUAGCCCUAUAACUAACAAACUUAGGAAACUUGGUUUCUCAAAGCUAUCAGAGAGCUUUGGUUAAGCUUGCAACUUCUUGACGUCAGAUUUCAGGUUCCUGUAACUGAACCCUGAAGCCCCAACUGACCGGUUAUGUUCUGACACUUCCACCAUAGAACACAUGCUUGGUAGAAGCCGGCUGCUUCCUUUCUUUUUCUUUUUUGGGGUUGUUGUCGCCGAUCCAAGAGUGGACUUGAUUUGACUACUAGUUGAAGCUGUUCCAGUAGCAUGGGACUGAUGUUUGUGCGAGCUUUCUUGACAACUUGAAUCAAGCUGGCUGAAGUAUCUGAUUUCUUGCAUUAUGAGGGACCCAACGGUGCCCUUAGUGCCUAUUUCUACAGGAGGAUGUGUUGCCAUGUCUUCAGGGACUUUUGUGGCUAAGGUGAUAGAUUUAUACAUGUUUUCUUGGUUCAUCUGAAGGAUGUGUGCAGAUGAAGAGAAGUGUUUUGGGGUGCUGAUCUUGGUGGGGAAAUUGCUUCAAGCAUAGGGCAUAUGGUGAUUGGCCUUAUACUCACUAUUUUCUCAUGAAUUCUUUACCUCAUGUUCUUUAUCUGAAGUGAACAGCAUUGGAUUUCCCUUUUCCCCUCUUUUAAAAGAUUAGAUGGUGACAUUUUCAUUGUAUUCAUGUGCUUUCUGUCAACAUAUUUAAUUUGCUAACCACUAUACUUUAACUUCUUGGUUCUUAUUCACAUGUUAAUCGGUGCGUAUUUGGAUUAUGAUUA